CCAGUGGAGGAAUGUCUGCUUCAGGACACAAAGAGAUAAAUGCUGCACAGAUCAGCCUCCGCAUCAGAUGCCUCCUGUAAAUACAGCAACAUGCCCUGGAGCAGUACCUUUUCCAUCAGAGCUUUCCUCCCCAGUGCAGAAUAUGCUACACAGAGCACAAGUCGUCAGGUCAUGAUCUUGAUGUUGCUUUUGUGUUACCACCUUUGGUUUCAGAUUGACUUUGCAUGUCCGUGCAACUCAAACAGGAAUUUCAUUCACUGCUACGGCUACAUGGUGCUGCCGUGUCUCAUCAUAAUCAGCCUGAUUCUGUGGAAUGACAAGCGCAUUGGAAGAAUCUUCAGAUACGCCUGCUACCACUCAUCAGUUAGAAAGGGACGGUGCAGCUACAGGGGGAGAUUCUGCUUUCAGUUCUUCAUAUACCUUCUCCAGGCCACAUCGUCUGGAUUUCUUUGGUGUGGGUCGGUGCUUGUUGAUGGAGACUGGUAUGUUUGCUGUGGGACUGACAGCUCUGAAGAACUGAUGCUCUUAUCCUGCAUGAAGGAGGGUGAGAUGGGUCCAGCUGAGAGGGCGACCAAAGUUACCCUGAAAAACCGAUCCAUGGUCAUUGGGUUAAUCUGCAUCCUGCUGACUGCUGCCUGCUCAUUAGUUUUGGUGCUGCCAUGGAACAGGUGGUGCACGAGGAGAAAUCACUUCAGGGCCGCGUUUGAAGAGGCCAUACUGGAGCAGACUGAGGUCAUUUUGCGGGACCAGAUAGGGAAAGCUGAUGCAGAUUAUGUGACAAAAUCAUUGGUCUCUCUCUCCACCACUGCAACCACUACAACACCUUCCAUUACAAAAGAAGAUCCUGAGAAGGUGGAAAAAACCGAGGACAAGGAAAAAAUACUUUUAAAUAUAAAUGUGAACUGGGAAGAAAUCGCUUGUCUUGCUGAUGCCCUUAUUGAACGUAUUCCAGACAAAGUAGCUAAAAAUAACAACAAUGUGUGAAUGUUUCCUUUAACAAAAAUGUCAAUGAAAACUAAAUGCAAGUAAUUGGAAGAAAACACCCAUGAAUAUGCUAGACAUAUAGGACUAGCCAACAUUAGUCUAUCGAUAUUCAAUUUGAACUGCUCUUUGAUAUCACUCUCAAUUAUACCUGUGUUAACAUUGGUUUUGUAACAUGUCACAAGUAAUUUGUGUUUUACCACAGUGCUUUUCUCUUUUCAUUUACUUUCAUUCACAAUGUGUGCUGGUUUGCAUUGCUAUAUUUACUUGCAAAAACGAAUAAACUGAUGUUAAAGAAGUUGUUUGACAUUUUGGGAAAUACACUGCCAAUACACGCUGUAAUAUGGCUUUAUAAUAUAUAAAAAUCAUGUAUAUGUUUCGAUCACUUUAGUUUGACUUUGUGCACUUUGUGGCAGAAAAAGCUUGUUGAAACUUAAUACAGCAUUUCUCAUUCAUCGCCAUGUCUUACAGUGUAAAGAAUCAAAAUCCUGCAAUUGUUAUAAUGGGAUUUUAUACAGAAUUUGUUUAUGGUGAAUAAAUAAAUAAGGAUUCUAAAAACAAUA